GGACGCGGCGGUGGCGGCGGCGGGGCCGGGGGCGCUGUGGCGGUGGCGGGCAGCCUGGCGCCGCCGGCGCCGGUGUGUCCCUACGUGUCAGACACCUUGGAGGUGGUGGUGGCCAACCAGUCGCAGCGCUUGCUGGUCCCCCUGAAGGGGAGGGUGUGGGGCGAGGGCGCCUUCCUGGCGGGACCCAGCUACCCGCCGGCUGCCCCAGACGCCCCGGCCACAGCAGCGGUGGCUUUGCCCCCGGCCGCUAUACUUCAGAAAGGCGCUCAGCCGCCAGCGUCCCCAGCGUCGCAGCUGCCGCCGAGGCAGCUGCUCCUGCGGCUUCCAGGCCCUGUGGCGCCGGGCCAGGCGUCUGUGGCGGCGAUGGAGUUUGGAAGCAUCAAGGGCAGCGGAGGCAGCGGGGCGCCUGCGGAGGUCGUGUGGGAGGAGCUGCCGGCAGCCGCCAAGGCGGCGGGGUGGUCGGUCGUAGAGCCGCUCAAACAGUCGGCGCCGCCUGGGGAGCGCAGGGCCGUGACCGUGCGGUUCGCACCGCCGGCCGCCGCAGCACCCGUGCCGGCGGCGCCGGCGGGCGCUGGUGCGCCGGCCGUGGGUGGUGGUGGCGCAGGCGUGGGCGCCCUGCUGGGCCUGCCAGAGGCAGUGGAGUGCAUGCUGCGCUGUACACUGCGCGGCGGGCUGCCAGCAGCAGGGUCGGUCGAGUGCGCGGCAGGCAGUGCAGAGGGGGACGUGCGGCGUCUCGAGGUGCGGUGUGUGUGCGUUGUUGCGCCGCCACCACCGGCGACAGGUGCUAGCAGCAUGUCGCCACACAUCGCCAGCGUCGCCGCUGCAGCGCCUCUGGCGGCCACCCAGACACCGGGAAAGCCACGCGUCUGA